AUGAAGAGCAACAAAGUGAACGUUUACAAUGGUGUGCAUCCAGUCAGUGCUAAUCCAAUGCAACCAUCGACAUUAUCUGCAUAUUAUGACACGAGAAAAUUAACAAGAAUCCUGUUUUCUAUUCUUGUUAUUAUUUUACUCCUGGCUGUUCUAGCAAUUGCUUUUCUUACGAAAAAAACAAAUGAUGAAAAUACAUCAAUCAUUGAAGGAUUAAAUCUUGAAACAACAAACAAAGAACAAUUAAUACCUUCUGUUAUCAUUAAUACUAAUACGAAAUGGAAACAGAAUGCAAUUACUGUUGCUGGAGGAAAUGGAUGGGGAAGUAAAUCGAAUCAAUUAAAUUAUCCUUCUAGUAUUUAUGUUGAUGAUGAUGAUCAUAAUAUUUAUAUCGCUGACACGUGGAACCAUCGUAUCGUUAGAUGGGAAUUUAGCGGAAACAACGGUGAAAUAGUUGCCGGUGGAAAUGGGCAAGGAAGUGCAAUAUAUCAAUUGAAUCAUCCAAAAGAUGUAAUUCUCGAUAAAGACAAGAAAAAUAUCGUCAUUUGUGAUCACGGCAACUUUCGUGUGAUACAAUGGUCUCUUCAAAAUAGUCACGAUCAACAAAUAUUAAUAUAUCCUAUUCUUUGUUGGGGUUUAGCGAUAGAUAAUAAUGGAGAUCUUUAUAUUUCUGAUUGGGGAAAACAUCAAGUCAAACGUUGGAAACAAGGAGAUAAAGAAGGUACAGUUGUAGCAGGUGGAAAUGAGAAAGGAAAUCGAUUUAAUCAACUCGAUCAACCUACUUCUAUUUUCGUCGAUGAAUAUCAUUCGGUUUACAUAGCAGAUAUUAUGAAUAAUCGUGUGAUGAAAUGGAUAAAAAAUGCAACCGAAGGCAUUCUUGUUGCUCCAGGACAAGUUGCUGAUAAGAAUCUCAAUUCGCUAAUUCAUCCCAUAGGUAUGAUUGUUGAUCAUAUGGGUAAUAUUUA